AUGAGCUUUCAAUUCCCUCAUUUCCAAAAGUCUCAGCUCGCUAGAAGUGUGCCGUACAUGGAGGAUCCGAUUGAGCGGCUCAAAGUGUUCUUGGCAACGGCGCCCUCCAGUUGGGACACCAAGGAUUUGAUCCGUCGCUUCCCCCUUGGAAACGGGGAAAUCGUGUCGUGCAUUUAUUGGAAGGGCCUUUUCUACGUAACCGGCACAGACAUUGUCAAAAUCCUGCUUUUCAGAUUCCAGUUCAUCCAACGACCCAUCAUUAACACGAAAAAAUUUGAGGAAGGCAUUUUUUCGGACCUUAGAAACCUGAAGCCGGGCCUUGAUGCGGCGUUGGAGGAGCCGCGAUCGGAAUUUUUAGAAUUGCUGUACAGAAACGGGUGCAUUAGAACGCAGAAAAAACAAAAGGUCUUCUACUGGUACUCCGUACCGCACGAGAGGCUGUUUGUAGAUGCCCUUGAAAGAGACCUGAAGCGCGAGUCGAAUUUGAUUCACGUCAAUGCUUUCCUUGGACGCCACCAGGCGUGUUUCCCCUCGUAUCUUCCGCAUAAAUUGGCAAAGGUUUCCCCACUUCUUAUGUCUCCUGCUCCCCUUCAACAUCAACGGACAAUGAUACCGAUGGAGGCGGCGGGAUCGAGCCACCCAGCCAUGUCGUUCCAGAGUCAUCAACCGGCGCAAGCGCCAUCUUCCCAAGGGACGCUUGCAAAUGCAGCACCGCCCCUGGCGAUCCCGCAACCCAUCAAGGCAUCGUCCGGAUAUUUUUCCCACGGACUGGAUACGUUUUUCACGGGAGAAGACCGGAUAACAGGGCUAACAAGUGCCAAGGAUUUCAGUGUGGACAAGGAUAUGUUGAAAUCCCAUCCCUCGUCCAUGGCCGACACGUCAUUUGACGAUUAUUUCGGAUCGGACCUAACCUGCCUAUCAUAUUCCAGUAAUCUUGGCCAGCGUAACACAUAUGCUGCUGUUCCGGACGGCUGGACCUCUGAUGCGGACCUGUUUCGUCUUUGCUCGGAGGCUGGCUGCAGCCAAAAUCUUCCGAAAUUCAUCACGUUCCAGGAGCAGCAGCCAACUGGAAAAAGCAAGGGAAUAGCCGAGCUGGAGUUUGAGUGCGAAGAGGAUGGAUCAAAGCUUUAUUCUUAUCUAAAAUCACAUCAGAUCCACGGACGCAAACCUACUGUCGAGUUGGAAAAAAAGGUCUCAUCGUGUAGGAGAAACCACUCGCCCACAAACCCAAGCUCAAAUGGUCGCCAUUCGCACGCCCCAACAAGCAUAAACAGCCGUUCACACUCUACAGAAGACCAAUUGCGAUCUCCAAGAUCAAGGUCAAAAGGCCGUGCCAGUGUUCAUAGACGCAGCGAUGAGAUAGACCAGAAAAAAAGGGACAAGAACCCCGAUAGAACCAGUGAAGGCAAAGGCCGCACAUUUUCAAAGGAAACCCGCGAACACAGAACAAGAUAUUCGACUCGCGAUUCUCGCAGAGCCGAACCAAGUCACAAAUCGCGGGAUAGCGCCUCUAGAGAUCUAUCAAGCAAGAAGAGAGAGAGAUCAAAUUCCAGGGGAAAAGACCAGGCAUCUUUGUCAACCAAACCCCGGGGGAAAGGCUACGAAUCCGCCGUUCCCAGUUUCAGCUCCAGCUCCAAUUCAACUAAACUUGGGCAAUUUUCGACUACGAAAUAUUAA